AUGGAAAGUUAUAUUGAGUGCUGCUACAAACCUUCAAGGGCUUUCAGGUACAUGAAAAGCUACAUGUAUGCAAGAAUCCAACGGUAGAGUUUGUUGGCUACAACUCAAGGUUUCUAAUGGCCACCCCAGGAGAAGGUACAUUCCUUAUUCCUUUCUCCUUCGUUGCUCACUUGCUUUCGUUUCCUUAAAUGCUUGGGAAUAAAGCGGGUGUUCUUAUCCUGAUGACCUAUUUCAGCCUCUUUGAGAUGCACAGCAUGUGUUUGUUGGAAAGUUCAGCAACUGUUGCCCCUCAGAAAAGGCUUUUUGGCCGUGUAGAUGUCAUCAUCUUUUGACACGAUUGUCCAACCCAUGAGUGACCCCUUUGGCAUUUUAGGAAGCGGCUUGCUCUUCUGUCGCUCGCUUGCCUUAAAAACUGAUAAGAGAGCGUGCCGACUCCCAUCCCAACAAGCCUUGGAAGCUGAAAGCUGAAGAAGAAGAAGAUGGAAACUCCUUCGUCAGAGCUGCUGCCGCCGCAACCUGGUGUCGAUCUCUCCCUCACCUUGGCUCAGUCUUCGACCAGCGGCGCUGGCAGUGGCAGUGGCAGUGUCCAUGACCGUGACGCAAGGGACGUCAGGCUCUUCCCUUGCCUCUUCUGCAACAAGAAGUUCCUCAAGUCCCAGGCUCUUGGCGGCCACCAGAACGCCCACAAGAAGGAGCGAAGCGUGGGGUGGAGCUCCCACCUCUACCUCCCACCCCCCGCCACCGUCGCCGUCCCUCCUCACCACCUUAACCCCUAUUCCUUCCCCAUCGCCUCCCACUCGUGCAAGCCUGCUGCUGCCUGCACCAGCCACGGCCUGUCUGACGGCUAUGGUGCCCCCCGCUUGAUGGCCGACCGCGGUGGCCUCGCUUUCCCACCGCCGCCGAUGAGCUGCUCCGCCUGGUGCAACGAGACCAUCGACCUCCUGAAUUGGCAGCGGGCUUCCCACCCCCACCGGCCAUCAUCACCACACCUCCCUUCUCCUCCUCCUCCUACUCCUCCCGUUUCAUCCCAUGGUGACGACAAGGCCAUGCUCGAUCUCUCCCUGAAGCUCUAAUCCCUAAGGACAGUGUUUGCUGCAGUACGAAGUCAGUAGCCGAUUACUACUUGUUUUCUGCUCCGUGUCGUCUUCCGUAAGUGGCUCUGCUGCAGCCAUGGAAAGAAAGACUGUGCAUGAUACGUCCAUAAGCUUCUUCUGUGCAUGGUGGGUGGUGGGACGUCGACACAACGUGGAGGUCACAUCAUGUUCCCUUCCACUCAAGUUAUUCAUCACCUUUGUUUGAAAAGUUAAGCCCAUCAAUCAACCUGCGUUUGGGCCAUCCUGCGUCUUUUCAAGAGCAUGAUGGAGCCGAGGACAUGAUUGGGAUCCCCUCUCUUUCUCUCUCUCUCUCCCUCCCUCGAUGGACGUGCAGAUUGGGCGCCCUGCCAUGGCCGUGUGGUGUGGGAUUAGCACAUUACCGAGUGUUUUGAUGUAACACCGAGUGAUUGAUUUGAGGUCUCAAACAGUGUGAUGCAUCAUGCCUAACACGGUUGAUUGCCAUUCCAAA